CGGCCGCUGAACGCAUGUUCGCUCCCGGGAGACUCCGGCGUCUGUGACCUUUUCGAGUCCCCCAGCUCUAGCUCGGACGGCGCGGACAGCCCUGCGGCGUCUGCGGCGCGGGACUGCAGCUCUUUACUCAGUCCUGCCCCGCCCUUGACCGCGCUAGAUCUCCAGACCUUCCGAGACUACGGCCAGAGCUGCUACGAUUUCCGCAAAGCGCAGGAGAGCCUUUUCCAUCCCCGGGAGUCGCUGGCGCGACAGCCACAAGUGACAGCAGAAUCCCGCUGUAAGCUGCUCAGCUGGCUCCUACCAGUCCACCGCCAAUUCGGCCUCUCAUUCGAGUCGCUGUGCCUGACUGUGAACACUCUGGACCGCUUCCUCCUUACCACCCCAGUAGCCGCAGACUGCUUCCAGCUGCUCGGGGUCACCUGUCUGCUCAUCGCUUGCAAGCAGGUAGAGGUGCACCCACCUCGCGUGAAACAGCUCCUGGCCCUGUGCGGUGGUGCUUUCUCCCGGCAGCAGCUGUGCAACCUCGAGUGCAUCGUGUUACACAAGCUACACUUCAGCUUGGGUGCACCCACCAUCAACUUUUUCCUGGAGCACUUCACUCACGCUCGAGUGGAGGCGGGACAGGCUGAGGUCAUUGGAGCCUUAGAGGCUCAAACCCUGGCUCGGGGAGUGGCGGAGCUGAGCCUGGCCGAUUAUGCUUUCACCAACUACACACCUUCCCUCUUGGCCAUCUGCUGCCUGGCGCUGGCUGAUCGCAUGCUGCAGCUCCCUCAUCCGCUGGACCUUCACCUGGGAGAGCACCCGGAGGCUGCACUGCAAGACUGCCUGGGCAAGCUGCAGCUGCUCGUGUCCAUCAAUAGUACCUCUCUGAUGCACAUGCUGCCUCCCCAGAUUUGGGAGAAGUGCAGCCUGCCCCAGAGUUGGAAAUAA